GUAGUAGUAGAUGCCCCCCAGGGCGGGGAGGCCGGUGUAUCCUCCCGCCGAGCCACAGGACACGGAGCUGCAGACCAGGAUCAGGGCGGCGAGCAGGACCUCCACCAUCUGGCAGCAGGCUGUAGGGGAGGCUGAGCUCUCAGGAUGGACUCGUACCUGAUCCAAGUGAAUGGCCAUGGAGAUCAUGCCCCGAAGCUAGAUGUUCAUCUCAAGAACACUGGGAAACAUCAUAUCACCAGGAAGGUGAAGGGUCGGAAGCCAAGAUGGGCUGUCAGGGCUUCUGAAAUGUCAAAGAAGACUUUCAAUCCUGUCCGAGCCAUCGUAGACAGCAUGAAGGUGGAACCCAACCCAAAGAAAGCCAUGAUCUCCUUGUCCUUAGGAGACCCGACGGUCUUUGGAAACCUUCCCACAAAUGAUGAGGUCACACGGGCUGUGAAGGAGGUUUUGGACUCCGGGCAGUACAAUGGUUAUGCUCCAUCUGUUGGCUACCAGUCCUGCCGGGAAGCCGUGGCUGCAUACUACAACUGCCCAGAGGCACCACUGAAGGCCCAGGAUGUAAUCUUAACAAGUGGCUGCAGCCAGGCCAUAGAGCUUGCCUUGGCAGUGCUGGCCAACCCAGGCCAGAACAUCCUGGUGCCACGGCCUGGCUUCUCUCUCUACAAGACUCUGGCAUUGUCUAUGGGGAUAGAGGUCAAACUCUAUAACCUCUUGCCAGAGAAGGCCUGGGAAAUUGAUUUGGAGCACUUGGAGUCUUUGGUGGACGAGAAAACAGCUUGCCUCAUUGUGAACAACCCAUCGAACCCCUGUGGCUCUGUGUUCAGCAAGAGGCACCUCCAGGAGAUCCUGGCAGUGGCAUCAAGACAGUGUGUGCCCAUCCUGGCUGAUGAGAUCUACGGAGACAUGGUAUUUGCUGACUGCAAGUAUGAGCCCAUUGCAACCCUCAGCAGCAGUGUACCAAUCUUGUCCUGUGGUGGCUUGGCAAAGCGAUGGCUAGUCCCUGGCUGGCGGAUGGGCUGGAUCCUAAUUCAUGACAGGAGAGACAUCUUUGGUAAUGAGAUCAGGGAUGGCCUUGUAAGACUGAGUCAAAGGAUCCUAGGACCCUGUACAAUUGUCCAAGGAGCACUGGAGCGUAUCUUGCACCGAACACCACCUGAGUUCUACCACAACACUCUAAGCAUCCUCAAGUCUAAUGCUGACCUUUGUUAUGCUGCCUUAGCAGCUAUCCCUGGCCUUCAGCCUGUCAGGCCUGCUGGAGCCAUGUACCUGAUGGUUGAGAUUGAGAUGGAGCAUUUCCCGGAGUUUGAAAACGAUGUGGAGUUCACUGAGCGACUCAUCUCGGAGCAGUCUGUGUUCUGCUUGCCAGCCACGUGCUUUGAGUACCCGAACUUCUUCCGCGUAGUGAUCACCGUGCCGGAGGAGAUGAUCUUGGAAGCCUGUGGUCGCAUUCAGGAGUUCUGUGAGAUGCACUACCAGGGUGCUGAGGGGGCCCAGGAUCUGGAAUGUGACAAGUAGCUACGGCUGACCCCCUGCCCCUGUCAGGCUAGACCUUGUAUGAGGCGGCAGCCGGGCAGGCAAAGCUGCUUCCAGUCAGCCCCACCUCUCCCUGCCUGUAAGCAGCCACUGUCCUGCUGCUUCACUUUUUGUGCUCCACAGACUCCUCAGCAUUACGGAAAGAAGACAUUUCUCUCUCCUCCCCACUAGAGCUUGUACAUCCUCUUGCUUCCAGUCCCCCGUGUCUCUGUAGACUCAGCAUCUGUGCCCUGUCUUGAUCUGUGCACCUGUGAACCAGCUGCAGGCAGGGGCAGAAGGCUCUUCCUGGGUUGGGCCCUGUGGCAAAGGCCCUGUUGGCCUGUGGCUCCUGUGCUGGCCACACUUCCCCUUGGAGAAAGGAGAAGGCUGCUGUCUUGGAGGAUAAGAGAAAAGUACCCACUUCUCACUUCCCUAUGUUACCUUAGGAGGCCAGAGCUCUUUAUAAUGAGCCCUUUGUGUGAUAAAGGGAGUAAGUUAUUGUAAUUUUUUAUUAAUAAAAAUUCUGAC